CAUAUUUCCAUUACCUAUUUCCCCUAUGUAUCUGUUUCUGGUUAUGGUUUUUCUGUUUUACUUUGUUCAUGUUAUCUUGUCUCUUUGUUAUUUUUAAUUAAGGACCAGAUAAUGUAUAUGAAAAAUUAUAUAAAUAAUUUGAGACCUAUGAUGAGAUUAUCUUCCUCAAAGAAGAUUUAUGUUUGUUUUUGGUAGGCCCUAGUAAUCCAGGAUCACUUUAAUUUUGUGGGAGAUACUUGGAUCUGGGCUUCAGUCCCUGUGAGGGCCAAUCUGCUUUCAGUUCAUACUUACUUUUAGCGUGUAUCCCUUUGGUGUCUCAAACGAAAGUGUUGGGGUUUUACCAGUUACCCCUCCGCCCCGUAGUGGAGUCAUAGACUAAUAUUUAUACUCGCAGCCCUGUAAAACCGUCAGUAGCUUCUUAGUUUCUCGGGUGCCACUAAGUAAAAAGUAGCCCCAGUGCCAGACUUCACUCUUUUCCUUGUAAUUCUUCAUCAUGCUAUUAACUCUCCAACCUUAAACAUAUAUAAUUCUCGUUUUUCUCUGGGAAAAAUUGGUCUGAAUUACAUAAUCUGCCGUUACCAAAAGUGGAAGUGAACAACAUAUAAUUUACUCUUUACUCUUUUAGAAAAAGUUAGAACAGAUGCCAGGAUCACCGUAUAAUAAUGUUAGUCUUACCUACUUGCAUUUGUACAUACUUUCUUAGAGGUGAUAAGAAAUGGUCUUACGGGAAAUUGCACAUGAUGGUGUGUCAAGCAGUUGAGUAUCUUUUUUCAUGUUUGUCCUAUCAGGGAAAAAAAUUGAGAACCAUUACUGUAUAACAUUUGUUGCACUGUGCUGCAAUUAUUUCUUUAUAUGACUGCAUCUCUCAUUAGACAGUGAGCCCCUUACAAGCAAGAACCUUGUUUUACUCAUCUUUAAUUUCCUAGUGUUAGAACUGGAAUACAGUAUACAGUAAGUAUAGAAAUGAAUAUACAUGUUAAAAAUACCUUAUUUGGCUUUUCACAGUGACAGUAUCAGUAUAUGGCAUUCUGAAGUAUCCUAAAAGAUAAAUUUUAAUAGGGAAGGAAUUACCUUUUCUCACCAGCUCUUUCGUUUUGUCUUUUUUAUCUGACAGGUGGCAUCUCCACAGAAAGCGACUGUGCUUUUGAGCCAGACUACGCCGUCCCGCCACUUCCAGUGAGUGAAGGUAUGCAGCACAUUCGGAUUAUGGAGGGCAUGUCUCGCUCUCUUCCAUCCUCCCCCUUACUCACACAUCAGUCUAUCAGUGUUCGGCUCCAACCUGUGAAGAAGUUAACUGCCCCUCUAAGGAAGGCAAAGUUUGUUGAGAGUCCACGAAUUCCAGAAUCCGAGCUUGGCUCACCAACCCUCACUUCAGCUCAGAAACUGGACGUGGAUGCAUACUGCCCUGGUGAUGCUGAACAAGAGCUUGGUCCCCCUCCAUCUGUAGAUGAGGCAGCAAACACACUCAUGACUCGUCUGGGUUUCCUCCUUGGAGAGAAAGUCGCGGAAGUUCAGCCAGGUGACCAGUACAGCAUGGAAGUGCAGGAUGAAAAUCAAACUUCAGCAAUCACCCAGCGGAUAAGUCCCUGUUCCACCCUGACUAGCAGCACUGCCUCUCCACCAGCCAGCAGCCCCUGUUCCACCCUCCCGCCAGUCAAUACAAAUGCAACUGCCAAGGAUUGCAGCUACGGGGCUGUCACCAGUCCAACCUCUACCCUUGAAAGCAGAGACAGCGGCAUAAUCGCUACAUUGACAAGCUAUUCUGAAAACAUGGAACGCACAAAAUAUGUUGGGGAAAACAGUAAAGAAUUAGGAUCUGGAGGAAACCUGAAACCUUGGCAGUCUCAAAAAUCCAGCAUGGACUCCUGUUUAUAUCGAGUAGAUGAAAACAUGAUGGCUUCCACCUAUAGUCUGAAUAAAAUCCCAGAGAGGAAUUUGGAAACAGUUUUGUCCCAAUCAGUACAGUCUAUUCCACUAUAUCUUAUGCCGCGACCAAAUUCAGUAGCAGCCACCAGCUCUGCCCACUUGGAGGACCUUGCCUACCUGGAUGAGCAGAGACACACACCUUUGAGAACUUCUCUUCGAAUGCCAAGACAGAGCAUGGGCAGUGCUCGUACACAACAGGAUUUAAGAGUUCGCUUUGCACCUUACAGGCCUCCAGAUAUCUCUCUGAAGCCUCUGCUCUUUGAAGUGCCCAGCAUCACUACAGAGUCCGUGUUUGUUGGCCGAGAUUGGGUUUUCCACGAAAUAGAUGCUCAACUGCAAAGUUCAAAUGCCAGUGUGAACCAAGGAGUAGUGAUUGUGGGAAAUAUUGGGUUCGGCAAAACUGCCAUUAUCUCCAGACUGGUGGCCCUCAGUUGCCAUGGCACACGGAUGAGACAGAUCGCCUCAGACAGCCCACACGCCUCCCCCAAACAUGUGGAUGCCAACAGAGAGCUGCCACUCACUCAGCCACCUUCAGCCCACUCAUCUAUCACCAGCGGAAGCUGCCCAGGAACCCCAGAAAUGCGCAGGCGGCAGGAGGAGGCUAUGCGGAGACUAGCCUCGCAGGUGGUUGCCUAUCACUAUUGCCAAGCAGAUAAUGCCUACACCUGCCUAGUGCCAGAAUUUGUACACAAUGUUGCUGCCCUGCUCUGCCGCUCACCUCAGCUGACAGCCUAUCGGGAGCAGCUUCUUCGAGAACCUCACCUACAGGGCAUGCUGAGCCUUCGGUCCUGUGUUCAAGAUCCCAUGGCCUCCUUCCGGAGGGGAGUCCUGGAGCCCCUGGAGAGUCUCCACCAAGAGAGAAAAAUCCCAGAUGAAGAUUUCAUCAUCUUAAUUGAUGGAUUAAAUGAAGCAGAAUUUCACAAACCGGAUUAUGGGGAUACAAUUGUAUCAUUUCUGAGUAAAAUGAUUGGAAAAUUUCCUUCUUGGCUCAAACUAAUUGUAACGGUUAGGACCAGUUUACAGGAAAUUACCAAGCUGCUGCCUUUCCAUAGGAUUUUUUUGGAUCGACUAGAAGAGAAUGAAGCCAUAGACCAGGACCUGCAGGCUUAUAUCCUGCACCGGAUACACAGCAGCUCAGAGAUCCAGAAUAACAUUUCACUUAAUGGCAAAAUGGACAACACUACAUUUGGCAAACUCAGUUCUCAUCUCAAGACCCUUAGUCAAGGGUCCUAUCUAUACCUGAAACUCACAUUUGACCUCAUAGAGAAAGGCUAUCUAGUAUUAAAGAGCUCUAGCUACAAAGUAGUUCCUGUUUCACUUUCUGAGGUUUAUUUACUCCAGUGCAAUAUGAAGUUCCCAACCCAGUCUUCCUUUGACCGGGUGAUGCCUCUCCUGAAUGUGGCAGUGGCCUCUCUCCACCCACUGACUGAUGAACAUAUCUUCCAGGCCAUCAAUGCUGGUAGCAUUGAAGGCACACUAGAAUGGGAGGAUUUUCAGCAGAGAAUGGAAAACCUCUCCAUGUUUCUAAUCAAGCGCAGAGACAUGACUCGUAUGUUUGUACAUCCUUCUUUUCGAGAAUGGCUUAUCUGGAGAGAAGAAGGAGAGAAAACCAAAUUUCUCUGUGACCCCAGGAGUGGGCACACGUUACUUGCCUUCUGGUUUUCUCGCCAAGAUGGAAAACUAAACCGACAGCAGACUGUUGAACUGGGACAUCACAUCCUCAAAGCACACAUUUUUAAGGGUUUAAGUAAAAAAGUUGGUGUGUCAUCCUCCAUCCUCCAAGGUCUCUGGAUCUCCUAUAGCACGGAAGGUCUUUCCAUGGCGUUGGCAUCUUUACGAAACCUCUACACUCCAAAUAUAAAGGUCAGCCGAUUGCUGAUUUUGGGAGGUGCCAACAUUAAUUACCGGACUGAGGUUUUAAAUAAUGCUCCAAUUCUAUGUGUCCAGUCUCAUCUUGGUUACACAGAAAUGGUGGCUCUCCUGUUGGAGUUUGGUGCCAAUGUAGAUGCCUCUUCCGAAAGUGGCCUGACUCCUCUGGGGUAUGCUGCAGCAGCAGGAUACCUGAGUAUUGUUGUGCUGCUGUGCAAGAAACGAGCCAAGGUGGAUCACUUGGAUAAGAAUGGGCAGUGUGCUUUGGUCCAUGCUGCACUCCGAGGUCAUCUGGAAGUUGUCAAGUUUUUGAUUCAGUGUGACUGGACUAUGGCCGGCCAGCAGCAAGGAGUGUUUAAGAAGAGCCACGCCAUCCAACAAGCCCUCAUUGCUGCAGCCAGCAUGGGUUACACUGAGAUUGUCUCCUACCUACUUGAUCUUCCAGAAAAAGAUGAAGAGGAAGUGGAGCGAGCACAGAUCAACAGCUUUGACAGUCUCUGGGGAGAGACAGCCCUGACAGCUGCAGCCGGAAGGGGCAAACUGGAGGUGUGCCGACUGCUCUUGGAACAAGGAGCAGCAGUGGCCCAGCCAAACCGCCGAGGUGCAGUGCCCCUGUUCAGCACUGUUCGCCAGGGCCACUGGCAGAUUGUUGAUCUUUUACUUACCCAUGGAGCUGAUGUCAACAUGGCAGAUAAACAGGGACGUACUCCCUUGAUGAUGGCCGCUUCCGAAGGCCACCUAGGAACUGUGGACUUUCUACUUGCACAAGGUGCUUCCAUUGCUCUAAUGGACAAAGAAGGACUGACAGCCCUCAGCUGGGCUUGUUUAAAGGGUCAUCUCUCAGUAGUACGCUCUCUAGUGGAUAACGGAGCUGCCACAGACCAUGCUGACAAAAAUGGCCGCACCCCACUGGAUCUGGCAGCUUUCUAUGGUGAUGCAGAGGUGGUCCAGUUCCUGGUGGAUCAUGGGGCCAUGAUCGAACACGUUGACUACAGCGGAAUGCGCCCUCUGGAUAGGGCAGUGGGGUGCCGGAACACUUCUGUUGUUGUCACCCUUCUGAAGAAAGGAGCCAAGAUAGGUCCAGCCACAUGGGCGAUGGCCACCUCCAAACCAGACAUCAUGAUCAUCCUGUUGAGCAAGCUGAUGGAAGAGGGGGACAUGUUUUACAAGAAAGGUAAAGUAAAGGAAGCUGCCCAGCGCUACCAGUACGCUCUGAAGAAAUUCCCUAGAGAAGGGUUUGGUGAGGACUUGAAAACCUUCCGGGAACUAAAGGUGUCUCUCCUCCUCAACCUGUCUCGAUGUCGCAGGAAAAUGAACGAUUUUGGAAUGGCGGAGGAAUUUGCUACUAAGGCCCUGGAGCUGAAACCGAAAUCUUAUGAAGCUUACUAUGCAAGAGCAAGGGCAAAACGCAGCAGCAGACAGUUUGCGGCAGCCUUAGAGGACCUGAACGAGGCCAUCAAGCUAUGUCCAAACAACCGUGAGAUCCAGAGACUUCUGAUGAGAGUAGAGGAAGAGUGUAGACAGAUGCAACAGCAGCAGCAGCAGCCUCAGCAACAGCCUCAGCAGCAGUUACCAGAAGAAACAGAACCUGAACCACAGCAUGAAGAUAUAUACUCUGUACAAGAUAUAUUUGAGGAGGAGUACUUGGAGCAGGAUGUUGAAAAUGUUUCCAUUGGACUCCAGACGGAGGCUCGGCCCAGUCAGGGGCUACCAGUAAUCCAGAGCCCACCCUCUUCUCCGGCCCAUCGGGAUUCUGCCUAUAUCUCUAGCUCACCUCUUGGCUCUCAUCAAGUUUUUGACUUCCGGUCCAACAGUUCUGUAGGUUCUCCCACUAGACAGAGCUAUCAGUCCACCUCACCUGCUCUUUCUCCAACUCACCAGAACUCUCAUUACAGGCCUAGUCCACCACACACCUCCCCAGCUCAUCAAGGUGGAUCUUACCGUUUUAGUCCCCCUCCUGUGGGAGGGCAGAGCAAAGAAUACCCAAGUCCUCCACCUUCUCCUCUCCGUAGAGGCCCUCAGUAUCGAGCCAGCCCUCCAGCUGAAGGCAUGAGUGUGUAUAGGUCCCAGUCUGGUUCACCCAUACGAUAUCAGCAAGAAACAAAUGUUAGUCAGCUUCCUGGCAGACCAAAAUCUCCGUUAUCCAAAAUGGCCCAGCGACCCUACCAGAUGCCUCAGCUUCCGGUAGCAGUUCCCCAGCAAGGGCUCAGGCUACAGCCUGCCAAGGCCCAGAUUGUAAGAAGCAACCAGCCCAGCUCAGCAGUUCAUUCAAGCACUGUCAUCCCCACAGGAGCCUAUGGCCAAGUAGCCCAUUCAAUGGCUAGUAAAUACCAGUCGUCGCAAGGAGACAUAGGAGUAAGUCAGAGCCGGUUAGUUUAUCAGGGGUCAAUUGGGGGAAUUGUAGGUGAUGGGAGACCUGUGCAGCAUGUCCAAGCCAGCCUGAGUGCAGGUGCCAUCUGUCAGCAUGGAGGGUUGACCAAAGAAGAUCUUCCACAGCGACCUUCCUCAGCAUAUCGAGGUGGCAUGAGAUACAGCCAGACACCACAGAUUGGGCGUAGCCAGUCAGCAUCCUAUUACCCAGUCUGUCAUUCAAAACUAGAUCUGGAACGUUCCUCCAGUCAACUAGGUUCCCCUGAUGUGUCACAUUUAAUCAGAAGACCUAUUAGUGUCAACCCUAAUGAAAUUAAACCCCACCCACCAACUCCCAGGCCAUUGCUACACUCCCAAAGUGUAGGCCUUCGCUUCUCUCCAUCUAGCAAUAGCAUCUCAUCCACCUCCAACCUAACUCCUACCUUCCGGCCAUCUUCCUCGAUUCAGCAAAUGGAGAUCCCACUAAAACCGGCAUAUGAUAGGUCAUGUGACGAGCUGUCACCAGUGUCUCCCACUCAGGGAGGUUACCCCAGUGAGCCCACGCGAUCCAGGACCACACCAUUCAUGGGGAUCAUAGAUAAAACAGCCCGGACUCAACAGUACCCUCAUCUUCACCAGCAGAAUCGGACCUGGGCAGUGUCAUCAGUGGAUACCGUCAUCAGUCCCACAUCUCCAGGCAACCUGCCUCAGCCUGAGUCCUUCAGUCCACCAUCAUCCAUCAGCAACAUUGCCUUUUAUAACAAAACCAACAAUGCACAGAAUGGCCAUUUGUUGGAGGAUGAUUAUUACAGCCCCCAUGGGAUGCUGGCUAACGGGUCCCGGGGAGACCUCUUGGAGAGAGUCAGCCAGGCCUCCUCGUAUCCCGAUGUGAAGGUGGCUCGGACCCUACCUGUGGCUCAGGCAUACCAGGACAAUCUGUACAGGCAGUUGUCCCGGGACGCUCGACAAGGGCAGACAUCUCCUAUCAAACCAAAGAGACCAUUUGUGGAGUCUAAUGUUUAAAAGACGUUUGUUGGAGUGAGAUCCCUAUGUUUUCACUGUACAUUUUCAGGCCUGGUUUCCACAUUUGAGGUAGUUCUCUGGCUUAAUUUCUCAUGUAGUUUCUGUGUGGUGUUCAGAGGUGGCAGCCCACAUGCUGAAAUCCUUUGCAUGCAGCCGACUGGGAAGCUGGCCUCGAAGGAGCCAGGACUUCAGUUUCUCUUGUCUGUGCCCCAGCCACAUGCUCUCUCCCUCUCUUCAGAUGCCAACGAGGAGAUUUCCGUUCAGCGUGCUUUAACCCAGGGAGAUUAGACACAUUGGUCAGCUUUUUCCAGGAGACAAUCGCUUUCACUGAUGUUCUUGUUGUGUAAAUGUCUUCUCCUUAAAAAAAAAAAAUAAUAAUAAGAUGUUGUUUGUUUUCUUCUAGGAACUUUAGAAAGAGUGUGAUGCCCCUUUGCCUUUGCAUUCUUAUCCAGUGUUAUCCAAAUAGCCAGCCCCAGUGCAUACUUGUACCAGUGGUCUUCUCCCCCGGACUGCCAGCUCCCACAGCCAUCAGGUCUAGAAUGUUCAUUUAGAUAAUUGCUGGUCUUCAUAGAGGGGUAAAAGGAUAGAGGAGAGAGGAAAUAAAUCUGUUAAAUCAGAAGAAAAAAAAAUAUAGUUGUUUGAAAUGUCACUCCACUGAUUUCACAAGAGGCAUUUUAGAAACACUUAGAAAAUAGCUAGCCCUUUAAAUAUUUCAAUCAACCAAGGAAAUUGGAUGAGAAUCGUGUAUUUUUAAAAAGAAUUCACUGAGAAUUAUUCUCUAGGUUUUUAGCCAGUAAUUAACCACUAAAAGCUAUUCAUUUUCCCAGGGUGGGGGAAGGGAUAAAUAAAUACAUAAAAAGAAAGAUUAUUCUGGAUUGUCAGUGAAAAGCUAUAGAAAAUCUUUAUCUUAAAGGAAUCUGCUUUCUAGAUCCUGAGGUAUCAUUGAGCAUCGUAUUCCACGAAAAGCAAAUUCUCCCCAAAGGCUGACUGGUGCAAUAAUCCUAUUAGUUGGAUCUUUACCUAGAGCCAGACUUUGUUCUACUGGCCCUCUUUUUUUUAAAUCCAUACGGUAUAGUGAAGAAAUUGGUUCUUUGGGAAGCAAAUUGGAUUCUCUUGGAAAGUAAGACUGAUUCCCAGGGUUUCCACCCAGGAUCAUUCCCUUCCAUGCCAGAUGUUGUCUAAUUCCAUUAGAGAUCUAUAGUUUCAUUACCUAUUCUUACAAGAAUUGUUUGUUUUUUCUUUUCUUUUCUAGGAGUGUUUGUUCAGGGGGUGAUAUUUGAAAACCAGACACAGCAAAAAAUGUUUCAGGUUGAAGAAAGACCACUUUCGGCCCUGUUUUCCAGCCCUGGGUCGGGGUAUGUGAGAUAGACAGGUUUUCUGGUCUAGGUACUCUCUAUACAUUUUCUCCAUCUUGUGGUCAUCUGCUAACCUGACCUUUAAGUAACUGAGGCCAGCAUUAGAUGGAUGGCAAGAACACUAAAACCAAAGCCUUACACAGGCCUGGUACUGAGUGCACGUCACUCUUAAAACUACACAACCUAGCCAAACAAACUAAAACAGCAGAGAAUCCGUUCUCUGUUAUUAGGAAUCAUUCUGGUCUUGUUAAUAAAGGGCUACAGGAAGGGCAGCUUUCUGAAUAAAAAUCCAAAUGUGACCAGACCUGUUUGUAAUAGUAAAUGUCCUCUGAAAGGAUCCUAAGACAUGGGAGCACAAAGCUGAGAUCGGGAACAUUUCUAAUUUAGAUUAUGCCAAAUAUAUCUGCGCCCCCAAGCCUGGAACAGGACUUGUCUCUGUGUGCUAGGAACAAACAGCUCUGCUGACUCAAGGCCCAGACUCUUCUCACUCUCUCUCAUGCUUAAGGACUGACUUGUACUCAGCUAGACCUGGAAGGUGGCCAUCAAUGUUUGUCCUUCUCCUCCCUCCCUUUUCUCUCUCCCUCCCCGCCCCCCAACCCCCAAGGUGAAAUGUAUAGCUAUAGCAUCAGCCUCUAGCCAGGACUCAGCAGCCUUUCAGUUCUUCUUUUGGCCAGGGCUCAGCCCUAUUGAUCUCUUUUCAUCUUGUCACUUUUUAACUGCCUUCUGUCACUGAGGAGCUGCUGUAUUUUCAAGAAUUGCUCAGUGUCUCUUAGAAAAGUGCCCCAGCUUAUUUGGAACACCACACAUACUACCUGCAUUCAGCUGUCUAGGUAAGUGAGGAGGUUCUGCAAUUUUGCAAAUAUGCACUGAUACCACUUCUCCCCAAGGGUCUCUCAGUUCUCCAGAACAAACAGGAGACUUAGGGUCUAUGCCCUAUUGGGCUAAACACCUAAAAUGUCAACAGUCAAAAUGCAAUUCUUUUCAGCCAUUGUAAGAGGGAGUGGAUAUCACUACUGGGCGCCAGUCGUUUUUGAACAGAAAAUGUCAACUGGACCCUUAUUUGGGCAGGAGACAAAUUUUUCCUUGUAAGCAGACUGCCCAUGCCCUGUUUUGCUACUGCACUGCCAUGGGAUGACCUCAGUACUGUCUUAGAGAUACCCCUCCCCCAGCAACACUUGCUGAAUCAGUGUCUGGCUUCAGAUGGGGGAAAAUUUUCAAUUGAAACUGGUUAUAAGUUCCACUCACCCAAUUCACAUCACCCUGAAAUGGCGACAGUGGUGACAAACUUCAGCUUACAGGUUUCUCACCAACUUAUACGUUCCGUCUGCCCAGAAUUCUUGCACUAAUGGGUUUCCAUCACAUCAUGUCUAUAAAUGGGUGCACUUUACUGUUUGAAUUUAUAACUCUAAUACUGGAUAUUUAAGUGUGAGUAAUGUCUUCAUUAGAAAAUAGCAGAACCGCUCUUGUCUUCUAGUGUAUUUUUCAAGAACAAAAAGAGGAAAAAAAGGAAAGAAAUCAAGCAGUGGAUCACAACAUUUAUAGCACAAGAAAUAACUGUUGUAUAUAAGCAUCAAAAAGAUUAAGAAUUUUUAAAUACAAAAGAAAAAUAUUUGCAGUGAUUUUAAAGUGCUUUUCCAGCAAUUUUCUUAGGGACUCCUGAGACAUGGUUACUUUAUUUACUGGAUCAGUAAGGCACACAAUUAACAAUUAAAAUUAAUAUUUAUUUACAAAGUAAAGGGAAAACCUGUGUAACAUGAGAAUUUGGCAUGGACAAAAUGGAGACCAUUUUGUAUCUGCUGUUGUAUCUCGUCCGGGUUGCAGACGUGCACUAUUAAAGUCCCAAGUUAAUAGAGCACAAACCCCUCUCGUUCCUCUCCCACGUGCCCCUCUUUUUAGAUGUGUUUAACUUAAAGUUGAUGGCUCAGGAAAAUUCCACUAGUUAGAAUCAUGUACAGUACCUUAGGUCGUUGUCCAGAUAUACAAGUUGCUAUUUAGUUAAGCCUGGAUUAUUAAACACUUUUCCUAAAUUAUUGUAAACAGAACAGCUUAGAGAAAGGUAUUCUCAGUCCUUAUACUGUAUAGUAGUUUAUGAACUCCCUCUCUAAAUAUUGGUAUUUUUAUAUUUCAGAGAUGUACCCAAUAGAAAAAAUAAUCAGUAUCUAAUAUCCAUAAGUAUUUUUCCUUAGAAUUUAGUCAUACUCAAUGGGACGUGUGGACGUCACCUGUGCUUCACCAUACUUUACCACCAGGUGUCACUGUGGCUCUGCACCAGGCUUCUCUGGUAGCAAAGAAUGGCAGCGUCUCCUCUGGGGAGCCACUUCCCCGGGAGCAGGCAGGACCAUAGACUCAAAGGGUUCAGGAAGAAGGGGACAGAGGCCUGGAAGGGGUUUUCACUCAUCUGUGCCAGACAAGUGGCAAGACAAGCUAUUUUGAAUACUACCUGCUUUGGACCUUUAGCCAGGCAGAGGCUGGAAGGAGGUUGAAUAGAAGUCCCUUGCUGUGGUGGAUGAAUGGGUAUGUAGGGGACCUGUUUCUUCCCCAUGAGCACCCCUCCUCUCAGCUCUUAUCAGCCUCCAUCUCUUAAAAUUCCAGAGGUGUCACAGUUGGGUGGUUUGAUUCAGAUAUUUUUCUACUGCAGAAAUGCCUUGGACAAAACCAGUUGCUCAGUGGAACAGGUACCCCAAUGGGCAGGAUGUGCCCGGUCUCCUGUCGAGGCACUCAAUGCUCAGCAGCCUCGUCCGCCCCCACCUGUCUAGGGCCACCCACUUCUCAAGAAGCCGACCUCCAAAGGCAGCCUGCUACUCCUAUCCCAAGGACUGCGCUGCCGUGGCACGUGCUCAUUGGGAGGUGUGGCUUGUUUUCCUUUUCCUCUAGGAAUUCCAGACCAUCUACCAUGACUAACAACAUUAAACAAAGGGCUUAGGGGUAAGAGCUACCUACAAAGACGUGUCAUGGAAACCUUCACCAUGCAAUGCCUUGAACUCAGCUCUGGCUGCUCCCAAGAAAACGUGGCUGGCUGGGGGCCUGGAUACAAGCACAAUGGGGCUGGUGGAGCCACUGUGCGGAGCUACUUGAAUAAUCACUGGGUCUUCAUCAACUCUUUUAUAAUACAGACCACUCAAGGGCUGAAGUGUUGGUAACCUUCAUUUUGGUGUCCAAUGCCUCACAGCAGCUGAACCACCCUGCGAUGCUUGUGGCCACAUGAUGACCACAGUCAGAGCUUUGAAAUUCAGUACCAAAUGAAUGCAUAAUUGGACACCAAAAAUCAAGUGUUACUUUCAUGUCUCCUCACCCAUAUCAUCUCAUUUCUUCCUGCUGACUCUGUGAUAUCUACACUAAGCUGAGCUGUCAGGUUUUAGCUGGGUGCCAACAGAAGCAGGCCAGCAUCGCUCUGGUUUUUCAGAUAGACCUACUCUGUGGAAAGGAAGUAGCCUAGCUGCUCUGUUUUUGUACCACUUGCUGGCCGAAUUUUUCUUUUGCUAAUCACUAACAAGAAAAUCUGGUUAGGGGGACUCAGUCGCUUCAGUCCCCAGGACCAAACAGUUAAUUCUGGAAAAUUUAGUACUUGAAUGUACAUGCCUUAUUGUGUACAAACUUAGUAGGGGGAGCGGGGAGGAUAGAAAUGCCAGCUCCAGAGCUCCACUUCAUUCACAGGUUAUUUUGGAAAUCCUGUAAAUUACACUUCCUGUUCUGUUUGGUUUGGGUUUUUGCUGUCCCCCCACCCCCUUUGGCUGAUUCCUGCUGAGUGGGGCCAGUUCCUCGUCAGGCUCAGGGCAGGUGCCAUUCUCAGGCAUGGCCUCCUUUCCAUUCUAGCACAGCAUCUUCGUCUCUGUUCUGUCUCCUCCAAAUCCAAGAUGAUUUUAAUUAGUACAGACAUGUACAGUCUACACUUAAAGAGUGAUUUGUACUAAUAUGAUUUUGAUUCUAACUCCUCUUUGCUGUCCUUUCAAGACACUUGCUGGAAAAAGCUUUAAUGCACUUAGUUUUCCUUUAGGUUUUCUAUAACUCAGAUGUAAAGGACUUUCUCUGUACAGUAUAUUAUCCAAUGCAUGUUUGUUCUUUAUCCUGAUAUAUUGAACACCACACAGUUGUGAACUCAUGCAGUGGGGCUGUCCCACGCCCAGCAGAGGCAUCUAGCCCCCUGUGUAUAAGGAAAGACAUCUUCCUUUGCUGUACUUGCUUGAGCAGUUUUAUUGUCUGUACAUGUGAGCUGUGUGAGAUGUGAAAAGUUUAAAUGAAUGCAUUUUCCUGCCCCAUGUUUACAGAUCAUCAUCUGUACAAUGAACUGUAUGUAUGAAAGCAAAUGUACUUAUUUAUAAAUGGUUAACCCUUGGAAAAACAUGGCCAUUGUGGUGCUUUUGUCCUUCAAUAACAAUACCUCUCCAGGAAGCUGCAUCUCCAGCUUGCCCUCACUGACACCUGCAGUGCUGUGGAAGCUCCUCCCAGAGACGAAUUUGGCAGGUUAAGGUCAAAUUCUAGAUGGUUUGGCUGGUCUAUCAUGGGACACCCAGAGUCACCCCUUCAUGCACUUAUUCACCAAGGAGGUCACUGAGUACCUCCUCAGGGUUAGACACUGUGAUAGACACUCAGAGAGCUGUGGACAAGAAGACACAGUUCUA